AUGGGCUUCGAAUAUGCUUUGGUGCACGUCAAGUACACAAUUCCUCCUGCAAUACUUCUCACACAGUUGUACCGGCCUCUUUUCUCCAAGCUUGACGCCUACAAAAUCGUCUUCCUAAUCACGAUUGCUGUGGUGUCUACCAUACCUUGGGAUUCGUACCUGAUUCGCACGCGGAUAUGGAGCUAUCCGUCACACGUCAUUAUUGGCCCGAAGUUGUUCGACAUUCCCAUUGAAGAGGUCUUCUUCUUCAUCAUUCAGACGUACAACACUUCCCUGUUCUAUCUAAUACUCAGUAAACCCACAUUCCAGCCAAUCUACCUCCGCGUCGAAAGACACGGCUCAGACCGGCUAUGGCCCUGGUAUAAAUUGAUCGGCCAGUGGUCGUUUAUAAGCAUCAUUGCGCUUGGUUGGAGCUUGGUGAAAGGUGGUGUUGAGGGAACCUACACUGGAUUGAUCCUUAUUUGGGCAGUACCUUUUUUGCUUCUGCUUUGGUCAUUGGCAUACCAAUUCAUUCUCGGGCUUCCGCUCUCGAAUACGCUAGUGCCCAUCGCUAUUCCUACACUGUAUCUCUGGAUCAUCGACACAUUGGCAUUGAAAAGAGGCACGUGGGUCAUAAACACUGGUACGAAAGUUGGGCUACAUCUUUGGGACGGAUUGGAAAUCGAGGAAGCCCUCUUCUUCUUGGUCACCAACACCUUGAUCAUCUUUGGCCAAAUUGCAUUCGAUCACGCACUGUCGAUCCUGUACACAUUUCCAGACCUCUUCCCCGAUGCGCCGCUCUUGCCAUCACCCCUCCUACUCAUCCGCGCACUGUUAACAGCAGUGUACCGAUGGGACGAAGACAGGAUCAACGGACUCAAGGAGGCAGUUACGCGGUUGAAAAAGAAGAGCCGGAGUUUUUACUUCGCGAGUUCGACCUUCCAAGGCCAACUCCGGACAGACUUGCUUCUUCUCUACUCGUUCUGUCGCGUAGCCGACGACCUCGUCGACGACGCAGCCACCGCUUCGGAAGCCAGCGCAUGGAUAGCCAAGCUCCACCGCUACCUCGAACUCAUCUACUCUCGUGACGAAAAGACAGACACUCGAAUAAGCGACUACGUCGUUCAAAACUUUCCCCCGGGGACACAAUAUGCUCUCCUCCAACUCCCCUACCUCAAAAUCUCCCGCCAACCCCUCGAAGACCUCCUCCACGGCUUCGAAACGGACCUCGAAUUCACCCCAACCUCCCACCCGAUCAACACGGAAUCAGACCUCCAGACGUACGCGCACCGCGUGGCAGGCACAGUAGCCCGGAUGUGCAUCGAGUGCAUCUUCUACGAUUACCAAUGCACCUCCACGACACCCUCCUUCGAGAGAGACCAGAAACAGCGCAUCAUCGACGCGGGAGACGUCGCCGGCAUCGCGCUGCAGUACGUCAACAUUGCGCGCGACAUCGCCGUGGACGCAAAGAUGGGAAGAGUGUACAUUCCAACCACGUGGCUGACCGCCGAAGGCCUGUCGCACGAUUCGAUUUUGAAAGAUCCCCACGGCGUACAUGUGGAAAGCCUGCGCACGAAGUUACUAGACAAGGCGUUCGCGCUUUACGAUCAAGCCAGCGAGGCCAUCGAGGAGCUUCCCGUCGAGGCGAGGGGCCCCAUCCGUGUGGCCGUGGAGAGCUACAUGGAGAUUGGGCGGGUCUUGAGGCAGGAAGGAUAUGUUGUGAAAGCCGGGAGAGCAACUGUGCCAAAGAUCAGGAGAUUGAGGGUUGCCUGGAAAGCCUUGAAGGGUCGGCUGCAGAAAUGAUGAGGAUAGGUCGGCUUGGUUUGACGUUGAAAAGUAAGGUGGAAGGUCAAGGAUAAUGAUAAGGUGUCGAUGCCAAUUUAUUUCAGCUGGAAGAUACCCGUUGCAUAGACUUUUCCACUCCUUGUAGCUGCUUCUUACUGCUCGAGAAAUCACCUGUUGAUUUGAUACCUAUGCAUUGCUACGAACAAGUGCCCCAAAAGAGCUAUGUAGAUGAGGAAAAAAUCCAUUCCCACAAAGGUACGGGGUAUUUAAGCAUGCCGAAUAUAAUGCCGAAAUGCGAAAAGGUUAUA